AGAGGGGAAAUUCAGGGCUGUCACCUCAAAACGGCUUUCUUCUCACUAUGGACUGAGGCUUCAUCACCUGACGAGUACCCACCUGAAAGACUGAGGAGAAAAAUGAAGCAAAGUGCUCAGGUACUAUCAGGUUUUACUUUGUGGCACUCCAAAGAAACCAAGGUUGGAACUCAAAAUCUUGGAUUUUAGGUCAGGCUCCUGUUAGCUUUUACUGUUUUUUUAUUUAUUAUUUUUUUUACAUUUUUGUGUGUGUGUGUGUGUGGGAGGGGGCAUGUAUUACACAUUUACUUUCGAUAAUUUAAAAAAAUGUAUUUAAAAAAAUAGCUUUGUGAAUAAGUAGAAACAAGUCUACCAUUCAGUUUUUAUUCAUGCCUUUUAAAAAUGAAAACAUUAACAUUCUUAAGCGUUCAUGUCAAACCAUAUUAUGUCUUUUGGAUUAUCAUAUUGCUGAACUUUGAUCAUUUAUUACAGAGUACAGGGAGCAGGUGGACACCAAGGAUGGAAGAAGGAUCUCAAGAUACCAGUCAGAUGACAAGUCAACAGGCUUUGUGUGACCCCACCGAGGAGAAGACCGCCAAACACUCCGGCCUCACCACUCUAAAACUGUUCAUUGUGGCCCUCUCCUUCUCCUACUUCUCCAAGGCGCUAACGGGGACCUACAUGAAGAGCUCCAUCACUCAGAUUGAGAGACGUUUUGACCUCUCCAGCACACACAUAGGGCUCAUUGAUGGCAGCUUUGAGAUGGGCAACUUGCUGUUUUUAGCGGUGGUGAGCCACUUUGGGGCUCAGCUCCAUCGCCCUAGACUCAUCGCAGUGGGAUGUUUCCUUAUGUCAGUCGGCGCUUUGCUCACUGGCCUCACUCACUUCUUCAUGGGGCGCUAUAGGUAUAACACAGCGAUCCCGGCUCUCCAAAACAACAGCUCAAUCAUUGCUGCUUGUAUGGAUCCUCAGAAAAUUGCUGAUACGCAAGAAUCUUUGAUAGAGCCUUCAUUGGAGGACAAGAAAGCUUGUGUUCGAGAGCCAGAAUCCCACAUGUGGAUCUAUGUGUUCCUUGGGAAUGCUUUGCGUGGCGUCGGAGAAACUCCAGUCACACCUCUCGGCAUCUCCUACAUUGAUGACUUUGCCAAACCUGAAAACUCGCCUUUCUACAUUGCUUGUCUUCAGACCAUUACACUCCUGGGUCCCAUGUUUGGAUUCCUAAUGGGAUCCUAUUGUGCCAAACUAUAUGUUGACAUAGGAUAUGUUCACAUGGAUAGCGUGACGAUCACUAUGAAAGAUGCCCGCUGGGUGGGCGCCUGGUGGUUGGGAUUCCUGGUGUCCUCUGGCCUCCUUUUCAUCUCCAGCAUUCCCUUCUGGUUCCUACCCCGCUCCCUGCCCAAGCUGGGAGCUGUCAUGACUCCACAUGGACCCAAAGAUGCAGUGAACGUCAAACACAAACUUAAGCUGAAGGAAAUCGCCAAAGGGUUCGUCCCAUCACUGAAACGCCUGCUGGGAACACCUUCUUACUUCCUCCUUCUGUGUGCAAGCAUCCUGAAAUUCAACUCCUUUAUCGGGCUUUUCACUUUCAAAGCUAAAUAUAUGGAGCAGCAGUUUGGACAAUCCGCAUCCAGAGCCAACUUCCUCAUUGGGGUGCUGAACCUGCCGGCUGUAGCAGUGGGGAUUUUCCUGGGGGGGCUCCUGAUGAGAAGGUACAAGCUGAGUGUGGUAUCAGGAGCUCAGCUCUCCUUUGCUACAUCCUUCAUGGCAUACCUCCUGUUACUGCUUCAGUUUGGUACCAAGUGUGAUAAUAUCCCUGUGGCUGGGCUCACUGUGUCGUACAAUGGAACACAGAGUUUAUCAUAUGAUGCAGGAGCGCUCUUUUCCGAGUGCAACAGAGACUGCUCAUGUUCAGCAGACGAGUGGGACCCUGUCUGCUCAGACAGUGGAAUCACGUACAUCUCUCCAUGCAUGGCAGGCUGUCUCAACUACAGUGGAUACGGAAAAAACACGGUCUUUCACAACUGCAGCUGUGUGUCCACAUCCUCUUCAGCCGGCACCUCCUCGUCGGUGAAGCUGGGCCAGUGUCCUCAUGCAAAGGACUGCAGCCGCAGUUUCACCUCCUACAUGGCCGUUUCUGUCCUCAGCUCCUUCAUCAACUCUCUUGGAGCCACUCCGGGUUACAUGGUCAUCAUUCGAUGCAUCUCACCAGAGCUAAAGUCUCUUGCACUAGGAAUUCAGGUCUUGGUAACCAGGACUCUUGGUGGAAUCCCAGCACCAGUGUAUUUUGGAGCUCUGAUUGACUCAACGUGCCUGAAGUGGUCCGUGAAGAAGUGUGGAGGCAAGGGGGCGUGUCGCCUUUAUGAGUCAGACAUGUACAGAGUUAUUUUCUUGGGUCUGAUCACCUGCCUCAGUGGUUCCUCCUAUUUCUUCAUGAUUGCUGUCAUCAUCCUCCUCCGGCAACAGUUUUGUGGACAAGAUGAGGAAAAAGAAACACAGCGCAGCAAUCCCUCUAAGGAUAUUGAACUCAAAGUCCCAUCAAACCCCACUGAAGGCGCUGGCACAUCUAUGAGUCCCAAGUUGCCUCAUGACCCGGAGGGUACCACAGAUUGUGAGAAGGAACAAGUGGUUGACAGAAAAGGACAGCCCUCACAAGAUAAUGAGCCUAAAGGCUGUACACAGACCACGACUGAGUUCACUCUUCAUGUCACUGAUGAAGCAGGCAAAGAUCUGGUCUGUUGGGAGCCAGAUCCUCAGAUAGAGAUCAAUCACUCAGAUGAUAAAAGCAAGGUGGAGAAAGGAAGUUAGGAGGAGAACCGUUGAUCAACUCAAGAAACAUGUGUUUGAAAUAAACAUGAAAAACACCUAAAUAAAAGUACAUUUAUGUGGAAAAAAAGUA